AUGCUUUUCCUCGUUCUCAUCCCCCUCCUCCUAAUCUCGUACCUCUUCGUCUCCUUCGCCCGCAAUUACUUUCGCCUCCCACGGUCCUUCCACGGCCCCUUCUUGGCCAGCGUAUCCGAUCUCUGGCUCUUCAAACAAUGCAUCACGGCGAAUCUCCACUACGCAGAGGAAGCUCUACUCAAUAGAAAUGCAUCGAAACUGGGAACCACUCCAAACAUCGCGAGGAUCGGGCCUAACGUUGUUGUUACCAACGAUCCUGACUUGCUUAGACAUAUGAGUCUGCCGAAGAGUCGAUGGACUCGGAGUGGGUGGUACAGCGGCUUCGAGAUGGGCGGGAAGACGCCGCAUGUUUUGGCUGAAAGGGACGAGGCGAAGCAUAAGGAUUUGAGGGGGAAGUUGGGGAAUGGGUACUCCGGCAAAGGCGUCGACAGCCUCGAGCCGUGCAUCGACACGGAAACGACCAACUUCAUCACUCUUCUCAGAGAACAAUACGCCCGACCUCGCAAGACGCUGGAUAUGACCCGCCUCUCGCAAUUCUUCACCCUCGACGUCCUUUCAUCCAUCGCCUUCGGCGAGGCCUUCGGUUUCAUGGCCUCCAAUACGGAUAAAUGGUCUUUCGUCGCGGGCAAUGAGACCUUCAUGCCCAUCCUCCAACUCAUAACAGACGUCACCUUCGUCCGAAGACUCUUCCACAACCCCCUCGUCUCAAAACUCUUAUCGCCCAAAGAAACCGACGAAGUAGGCCAAGGCCGCGUCCGACGUUUCGCAGCAGAGGCCAUCGCUCGUCGCUUCGAAAGCGGCAAGGAAGGACGCAACGAUAUGUUGGGGAGUUUCAAAGAGCAUGGCCUGGGGUUGGAGGAGUGUAAAAGCGAGAGUCUGAUCCAAGUCAUCGCAGGCACAGACUCCACGAGCACAGUCCUACGAAUGACCAUGCUGUACAUCGCCUCCAACCCCCUCGUCUACCGCCGUCUCCAGGCUGAGGUCGACGCCACUGACACAUUCGAAGACGGCGUCAUCACCGAUGCUGCCGCGCGCCAACUCCCCUACCUGAACGCUGUCAUUUGGGAGGGCCUCCGCAAGACCCCGCCGCUUUUCGGACUCAAGGCGAAAGUCGCUCCUCCAGAGGGAGAGACUGUCCAUGGUGUUUUCUUCCCCCCUGGUGUUGAAGUUGCGACUUGUCUUCAUGCUGUCACGCAUCGGAAGGAUAUCUUUGGGGAGGACGCGAAUGUGUUCCGUCCGGAACGAUGGCUUGAGGCGGAUGGGGAGACGAGGAAGAGGCUUGAGUGGGUGACGGAGCUGGUCUUCGGAACCGGACGUUUUGGAUGCCUAGGGAGGAAUAUCGCUUGGAUUGAGCUGAGGAAAGUGUUUUUUGAGCUUAUGCGACAUUUCGACUGGGAGAUUGUGAAUCCUUUACAGCCGAUUGAGCGGAGCAAGGGGCAUGUAAAAGAUCUGACGAGGACUCGGCUACUUUUACAGAUUUGCGAGAGCUGA